UAUGACCAAGUAAAGUUAACAUUAUUCUCUCAUCUGCAGUACCAGGUGGGUCAGCUGUACUCCGUGGCAGAGGCCAGUAAGAAUGAGACGGGCGGUGGAGAAGGGGUGGAGGUCCUGAAAAACGAGCCCUACGAGAAGGAGGAUGGAGAGAAAGGACAGUACACACACAAGAUCUACCACUUGCAGAGUAAAGUGCCAACUUUUGUACGGUUACUGGCCCCUUCAUCUGCCCUGAGUAUCCAUGAGAAGGCCUGGAAUGCUUAUCCUUACUGUCGCACAGUUCUUACGAAUGAGUACAUGAAGGACAAUUUUCUAGUCAUGAUUGAGACGUGGCACAAGCCUGACCUCGGUGAUCAGGACAAUGUCCAUAAGCUUGACCCCGAACAGUGGAAGAAGGUUGAGGUGGUGCACAUCGACAUUGCUGACAGGUCUCAGGUGGACACUAAGGACUACAAACCAGACGAGGAUCCAGCCACAUUUAAAUCACAGAAGACUGGUAGAGGGCCAUUAGGACCUGACUGGAAGAAAGAACUUCCUCAGAAGACGGACUGCCCUCAUAUGUGUGCCUAUAAACUAGUCACUGUCAAGUUCAAGUGGUUUGGCUUGCAGAAUAAAGUGGAGAAUUUCAUUCACAAGCAAGAGAAGCGCCUGUUCACCAGCUUCCACAGGCAGCUCUUCUGCUGGUUAGACCGAUGGAUCAAUCUGACCAUGGAGGACAUCCGCCGCAUGGAGGAGACGACGCAGAAAGAACUUGAUAACAUGCGAGUGAAGGAUCCAGUGAAAGGGAUGUCUGCCGCAGACGAAUGAGACACUGCAGCUGAUUCUAUGUUGCAGCUGUUCGGCUGUGUCCUAGCAUUGGAAAGAGUCUCUGCAGUAUGAUGGGCUGCUCUCUCUCUUUGUUUCAUUCCAGUAGAUUUUCUCUUUUUUUCACUCCUGCACCCAGGACAUCCCAUCUAGAGGUGUUUCUUACACUAAUAAAUAGCAUCAUAUUUUUUCAGUCCAUGUUUCUGCCCUAUGUCUAUUAAAUUUCGAAAGUGUCUCAUAAAUAUGUUUACCCAUCCUUUUAUUUUAUUUUUUAUUU